AUGUCGCCAUCCUCCACCACCUUCAGCAUCACGGCAACCACAAAUUCCUUCUCAACCGCACUUCCCUCGCCCUUCGAAAGUGUCUCUCUCUCCGACAUAGACCUCUGUGCUUCGGCUUAUGAGAUCUUCCUUGCAUCCACUCGCUCAUCCUCCUCCAAACCCCUCACAUACACUUCCAGCAACCAGAGCAAUAAUAAUAGUAAUACUAGCAACAAUGGUAAUUCCUCGAUGAUUAAUGGUAGUAAUUCGAAUAAUUUGUCGCCAUCAUUGCAGAGGUCAUUGACUUCGACACCGGCAUCGAAGAUGAAGAAGGCAUUGGGGCUGAGUUCCAGUUCGAAGUGGGGAUCUGAAGGUAGGAGCCCGGGAAGUAACGGUUCGGGAGGGAAAAUAAAGAAGCCAAUGACUAGAGGGGAGCUAAUGAGAGUGCAGAAGCAGGUUUCUGACGCCAUGGAUUCGAGGAUUUAA